CAGAAAGCUGAAGUUUCGUGGUGAUCGGCUAACUUGCAAUAAAAUGCAUCUAACACUGCGGGGCGUAUUUCUUGCGCAAGCGUUGUUCUUAGCACUCUCAUUUCAUGGGACACAUGCAUACAUCACAAAGGAUGAGCAAGAAAUGCUGGACUGGAUCAGUCAAGAAGGUGGAGAGUUCAAGGUCACGAUUUCUCGCACUUCCGCUGGCGUAAGAGGCGUCUUCACGACGCAAGAUGUUCGGAAAGGAGAAUUAUUGAUAUACAUUCCAGAUCACCUCGUAUUUUCCGUUAGGAAUGUUCCCGCCGCGGAAGGCGCACCCUUGCUGUUAAAGGAGCUCUUCACCCCUUGCUCGAGGCUUACUCCAUACCUGCGGGUCCUGCCGCGUGAAACCCAGGUUCUGACGGGGUAUAAUUUUCCUGAGGAGUACAUCAAGUUCCUUGCGGACGACAACCUGGAGCUCCAAGUACGAGGUUCCUUCAAGAAGCACUGCCGCAGCACCUUCGAGGGUCAGAACGAUGAAAACAUGAUGACGACAAUCCCGGAGGCCAUUGGCAGUGUCAACAUCAGCUUGCCGUACUUCGAGUAUGUGGUGUCCAUGCUGAGCUCCCGGACGUUCAGUUUGCGCAGGGAUGCGCUGUCCAUGGUUCCCCUGCUUGAUCUAAUGAAUCAUGACAUCCGCGACAUCAACCAGUUGGACAGCAGCCGGGCCUACCGGGGGGUCAGGGUGGUUGCCGGCAAGGACCUAGCCAAGGGCGAGGAGGUGACCAUUACGUACGGCAACAUGCGUUCCGAUGAGCUGUUGCUGUACUACGGCUUCCUGGACACCAUUACCGACCCGCCCCGGCUUCUGGCAGUGGACCACCGCAACUACAAUCCGCAGGACGGGGCGGAGCUGCCGGACGUGCCGUUGACAGGUCCGGAAGAGGAGGUCCGGGCGGAAAUUUUGCGGCUGAAGGACAUCUUGUCCCAGUUCGAGAGCCGGCUACAGGCCCUGGGCCCUAUCCCGAACACGAAUCCGUAUGUGGCAGAUCUGCUGCAAGGGCUGCACGAGCAGCGCCGCCGGGCGGUCCGCCACGAGCUGGCCCGGUUGCAAGGCCUGCUGGCGGCACAUGGGGGAGAUCUAUAA